AUGAGGCAGACACUGAUGACUCAGAUGUAUUCUCUCACCCUGGCUCAUCAACCCCAUACCAUAGGCCUGGCCGCGGUGGAGUUCACCACCAUCACCAAGGUGCAUCCCGUCACCAUGGACUCCUCCUCUAAGACCUCGGAAAGCUGCCCUGAAGAAGACGAGCACGUUCAGAAGCGCAAAGUUGGCCGAGCCCCACGGGCCCACAAGAAGGUGCACUCUUCGGACUUCUUGUAUUGGUUGUGGGAAAAAUUAAGCCAGCUUAUUUGGGGCCUUCGGAGAAUGCUCAGGAGACUGGUUGACUCCCUGGCCCUUGAAACCUUCAUCAUCUUCAUCGUCUGCCUCAACACCAUCAUGCUUGUGGCUCAGACCUUCGCUGAAGUCGAGAUCCGGGGCGAGUGGUACUUCACGGCCUUGGACUACAUCUUCCUCUCCAUCUACGUGGUGGAAGCUGUGCUCAAAAUCAUUGCUCUCGGCCUCGCGUAUUUUUUGGACCCCUGGAACAACCUGGAUUUCUUCAUCAUGGUAAUGGGUGUGGUGGACUUCACACUCAUACAGGUCAACUCUUCCUCCACGCGUGCGAUCCACAACCAAAGCGUCUUCCGCAUCUUCAAGGUCUUUAAGACCCUGCGAGCCCUGCGCGCGAUCCGAGUCCUUCGGAGGCUCAGAUUCCUGACCAACCUCCAGGAAGUGACCGGAACCCUGGCCCGGUCCCUGCCGUCCAUCACUGCCAUCCUCAUCCUCAUGUUUACCUGCCUCUUCCUGUUCUCUGUGGUGCUCCGGGCACUGUUCCGCUACUCUGAUCCCAAACGCUUCCAGAACAUCUUCACCACCAUCUUCACCCUCUUCACCAUGCUCACCCUGGACGACUGGUCCCUCAUCUACCUGGACAGCCGGGCCCAUGGCGCCUGGUACAUCAUCCCCAUUCUCAUGAUCUAUAUCAUCAUCCAGUACUUCAUCUUCCUCAACCUGGUGAUUGCUGUCCUGGUGGAUAACUUCCAGAUGGCGCUGCUCAAAGGCCUGGAGAAAGUGAAGCAGGAGAAGGCGGCUGAGCUCCAUGAAGAGCUGCUGGAUGACUCAGUGACAAAGCUCAUGGAAGCAGAGCCUAAAGAGGUGCUAAGUGAACACACUAUACAGAAGCAGCUCAUUGAGAAAAAAUUUGGAGCCCUGACUGAGAAGCAGCUGGAGACCCUGUUCCACUUCCUGCAGCUGGUGGCUGGCGUGGAGCAUUACCAGCUGAAAUUCCGCUCCCAGGCCGCUGUCAUUGAUGAGAUUGUGGACACCACAUUCGAGGCUGGAGAAGAGGACUUCAGAAAGUGACCCCCAAAGAGGCAGCCUGGGUCCAGACUUCAGCCUCUGGCUGGCUGUCCACCGACUCCGGCCAAGUCCCC